UGCAUUGUCAGUGUCCCAACAGUAUACAAAGGGGAGACUACUUUCAAACACUUCGGCCAUGGAUAUUAAGCGUACAAAAUACUUUAAAGGGAUUAUCAUUUAUAUGUGAAAAUGGUCCUGAUCCAACUGAAUCAUCCCCGUACAGUUGAUUUUAUUUAUGCAUGUACAUAUUAUAUAUCAAUGCUGUGUGUGUGUAUUUUUACACUGAAAAAUUAAGAAAUUGUGUUUUUUUUUUAACACUGAAGAAUUAAGAAACUGUUUUUUAACACUGAGAAAUUAAGAAACUGUUAACUGUGAUGGAGCAUGUAAGUCUGACUGGAAGUUACCGCCAAACUGGCACAGAGCUGGGAAAAAGAACAGAGGAAAGUUUAAAGAAAAUUCUCAAAGAGUUCAAAAAUUCUGACAUAUAUGAGAAAACUUCCCAGUAUAUAAAGACGUCAGAAGGAGCGCACGUGUUAUCAACGUUCAAAGAUACGGUGAAGAAGUAUUGUGGUAACUAUCUCGAAGAAUUUAAUGGAUUGGCUGAUGGUGCGGGAGUGGAUGUCAACGAUCUGUUCCUACUGAACUGUGACUCGGAAUUUGCUGCAAUAUUAGAAGAAACCCCUGGUAGCAGUCAUGACGUGCUAUAUUCAUCUCUAUACGACGGUUGUACAAAUAUCUCCAUGGAAACAGACGCAAGGGAGGUGUAUCUAGCUCAUACAGAAGAUAUCGGUCCAUUUGCCAGAGAUUUGGGCGUAAUGUUGACGGCAAAGUUCACAGUCGGCGGGAAGGUUACUGAAUGCUGGACAGAUUAUCAUGUUCCAGGAAUAUUAUCCGGGUCCAAGUUCUUCUUCAAUAGUCAUGGCAUCAUGGCAGGAGCCAACACCAUUUAUCAGAAAGGAGUCAACAGAAAUGGAAUUCCACGUAAAUUUAUGUGCCGGUCGUUGAUGGGAAUUCGAGAUGCAUCCCACGCAAUAAAACUACUCCAAAAGCAGCCAGGUAUUGCGACAGCUUACUGUUUCCAGUACCUGCAGAGAACAUGUAAUGGAGUAGAAAAUACUGUAAUCGAAGUAGCAGGAACAUUUGAUGGUAGUCACGUGACCGUUUUCAAACCUAAAGGAUAUUAUCAUCAUUGUAACAUGUUUCAACACUUGCACCACGAAUGCCACCCCGAGGAGAGCUCGGUACACCGAGCUGCAGUUAUUUCACAGUAUGUCAACAGAGGACAAACACGAACGAAGAGGCAAUUGUUGAGUGCAAUAUCAAAUCGUCAAGAUACAAAUUUUCCAGUUCACCGAAACGGACAAUACCCAGAUUACCUGGCGACUGGGUCAACGGGAAUUUUCGACGUAGCUGCAGGGACGAUGGAAGUGUAUACUGAUAUUCCGGAGAACUCACAACCACAACAUGUGUUCAAAGUGCCCAAAUCUUAGUUUGUUUCCUAUCUUAAAUAACACUAAUGCAUAAUAAUAAUAGAGAUUGCGAGUUGGUCCACAGGUUUAUGUAUUUUGAAAACUAGCCUCAAAACUCUUAUAUCUGAUUGGUCGUUUCAAAGCACAGUCUGGCAAAAUUUGAUUCAAUCUUAGACUGGUUUCAAAACUCAGUUUUAUAUGCGUUACGACUGGAUCCGAAAGGUAUAAAACUGAGUUAUGACUCUGGUUGUUUUCAAGCACACUAUUGAUAUUGACCAAUAGAAGGAUAUCAUUCGGAGGCUUGUCUAAAAACUCAUUUUAACAAUCUUAGAAUUGUCUCUGUCAGCGAGUUGCAAAAGUUUUGUUAUCUCAGGUAUAUAUGAUCAAAUUGUUAGCAAAUUACAGAUAUCUUGAGACACUUUUGCUUCUUACGCAAACCUGUGUGCCAAUGCAAAUUACUUCUUAGUGUACUUUAAAUACAAGGUUAAGAAUGAAAAUUAUUACCUUGCAGAUGUAUUAUUACAGUUUGGCGAGAUAAUUUUGUGUCACCGAAUCCGAUUAAGUAAAAAAUAUGUAUUACUGAAAUAUCAGUGACUAAUGUACAGUGAAUGGGUAUGCGUAGGCGAAACGUCACAGAAUUUAAUAUUUGCGUAGAAAUACUUUUAUCAUUCACCUUUUAAGAAUUAUAAAAUUUGAUCAUAUAUAUAUAUAUAUAUUUUUUGAUUGAAAUCUUUUUGAGACAUUCUAUGCGAGCUCGGUUGUGCAGGCACCAUAAAUAAAUAUGUGCACGAAUACAUAUAGUUGUGUCAAUACAUGUAUAUGAUGUUAUAUGUAUGUAUAUGUGUGUAUAGAUAUGUGUGUAUGUGUAUAUGUAAAUACGUGUAUGUAGAUGUGUUAUAACCUAUAUAUAUGAUAUUUUUAUGAAGAUGAAUUGUAAUCUAUAUAUGUGAAUGUGUUUUAGUACUUAGAUGUAAUGGCUCUCUUUAUUUCGUUUUGAAAGAGAGCCAAAAGGUUUAAGAAAUAAAACAAAUAAUUAUGAUUAAUUAUAAUUAUAUGCUAAAAAAAAAUGAAAGUCGCCUUUAAAAAUUACAACUACAAGCAACACGAAUUAGACUCUCUUUAGUCAAUGUGUAGGCUUGAUUAUAUAAAUUUGAGCAACUGUU